CUAAUUUAAGCAAAAAGCUAUUUAAUUAUAUUAAUUAGUCAAUAUCCAUUUUAAUUAUUGUUAUAAAAUCAAUUGGUAUUAUUUUUAGGCUAUAUAUUAGGACGCAAUGGAGAAGUUCAUAGUUUAUUUUUCAUAGAGUCGUAAAAGUUCAUAAAUUGUUUUUGUUUAUGAUAUGAACUAAUAUCUACCCUACUGUAUUUUAAACUAAGUUAAUGUUUCAGUGAAAUCCUAUUUUAAUUUGUUUUGAAAAAGGUUUCCUAAGGACUAAGUACGAUAAAAUGAUUCACAGCCUGUUCAUCAUUAACUCAUCAGGAGAUUUAUUCAUGGAGAAGCACUGGAAGAGCGUGAUAUCCCGAUCGGUGUGUGAUUAUUUCUUUGAUGAGCAAAGGAAAGUAUCCUGCCCUGAAGACAUGCCUCCAGUCAUUGCUACUCCUCACCACUACCUUAUCAGUAUACAUCGAUGUUGCAUGUUUUUUGUUGCCGUUUGUAUGACGGAAGUGCCGCCUUUAUUCGUGAUUGAGUUUCUUCACCGUGUCGUUGACACAUUUGACGACUAUUUUAGUGAAUGCACAGAAUCGAUCAUCAAAGAAAACUAUGUCGUUGUCUACGAGCUGCUAGAUGAGAUGCUAGACAACGGGUUCCCCCUGGCAACAGAGUCCAAUGUUCUCAAGGAGUUGAUCAAACCACCUAACUUGCUAAGGACCAUCGCAAACACUGUCACUGGCAAGUCCAACGUGAGCGCCACUCUGCCAAGCGGACAGUUGUCCAAUGUGCCAUGGAGGCGGACGGGUGUCAAGUACACCAACAACGAGGCAUACUUUGAUGUUGUAGAGGAGGUGGAUGCCAUCAUCGACCGCGCUGGGUCUACCGUCUUUGCUGAGAUACAAGGCUAUGUGGACUGUUGUAUCAAGCUUAGUGGAAUGCCAGAUUUGACUCUUUCCUUUAUGAAUCCUCGGCUGUUUGAUGACGUCAGCUUUCAUCCUUGUGUUCGGUUCAAACGGUGGGAGUUAGAGAGAAUACUAUCGUUCAUCCCGCCUGACGGUAACCUGAGAUUGAUGUCGUACCACAUCGGGUCACAAAGUGUUGUCGCAAUCCCUAUCUACGUCAGACAUAACGUCAGUUUCAAGGACGGGCGGCUAGACAUUACAGUGGGACCUAAGCAGACCAUCGGACGUACGGUAGAGAACGUAGUCAUAGAGAUCCCCAUGCCUAAGGCAGUUCUCAACUGUGUUCUCAACCCGUCGCAAGGCAAGUAUUCGUUUGACCCUGUCAGUCGAGUACUGGUUUGGGACGUCGGCCGAAUUGACACCAAUAAACUGCCCAACAUCCGCGGCUCGAUCAAUUUACAAUCUGGAGCGCCACCAGUGGAGUCAAAUCCUACAAUUAAUGUUAAGUUCACCAUCAAUCAGCUGGCAGUGUCUGGCCUGAAGGUCAACAGAUUGGACAUGUAUGGGGAGAAGUACAAACCAUUCAAAGGAGUCAAGUACAUCACCAAAGCCGGCAAGUUCCAGAUCAGAAUGUAAAGUCUCCAAGACAAGUCAUCAUAUCAUUCCACCUUUUCGCCCUUCAACUACCAUUCAACAAUUUUGUAUAUGAUCAUUUAAAAAGAUAUAUUGCUAUUAAGGUUUA